AUAAAAUUUCAGUCAGUUGGUAUUUUUGGAUUUUGAUUGGAGGAAUCUGUCUGUAGGCGGUAAUGUUACCCUGCGGUCACUGAAGCGCAGUACGGGAGGGCGGAUCAUCAUCGUGGUGGCAGCUACACUCGGAGACUCCCGACAAACUGUCAAAAAUAUUCAGCAAACGAACCAUGGCAGAGCUGGACCUGAGCCUGAGCGAUGCUCUGAUGGACAGUGUGCCCCAGGCUGGCCCGGAGGACCUGGUGGAGAGGGACUUUGUGGCCCAGCUGGAGGCCGAGGCCUUUGACGACCAGGUGGGCGAGACUGUGGGCAAGACGGACUACAUCCCCCUGCUGGACAAUGACGGGAACAGGGCAGAUGCCGACUCUGUGUUGGAGAAUGGCGAGCAGGACGCCCAAGGGGCACAAAAACCUGUUACUGCAGGUUCUAAAGUGACACCUGGGGGACAGACAGCAGCGUCACGCCCAGAACCACAGGGGGAAGUGCGUCCCAAUUCGUCAGAGCAGCAAGUCUUUGCAGCCCUCUCAGGCUCCAUGGCAGGCUUCCCUGAUCAUUGGAGCUCCCAGCCCAACAACCCGCCCCAGAUGAUGGACAGUGGACUGAUGGGAGAUUCUUCAGGUUUCUCCCAGCCUGCUAUGGGGAUGGGGAUAGCUCCACUAUCGACAGAGAGGCCUCCCAGCAUUGCAGAACCCCAGAAGCCCCCACCUCAGGCAGCCAACACACCCAAGGACAUGUCUGCAGGUGCCCUGGGCGAUGGCUGGCCAGACGAGGCUUGCAUUCCCACCGACCUGCCAUUCACCCAAAGCGUCUCCACAGUGAUCAGUCGCCAUGCCAGCCACCUGGCGGCCAGCCCCGAGGACCGCCCUGACUCUGGCUGGCCCCUCCGAGAGGCCUUGGCGGUUGGGGAGGAGAGGGAAAGCAACGAAGGAAACGACCGCAAACAACAGCAGAAGAAGAAGAAGAAAAGGAGGCCCCGGGAUGAUGUGUACGACCCGGUAGAGAACAGGGACCACCCGGAGGCUCAGGCUGAAAACACACCCCUGUCAGAGGGCCACCACAGGGUCUCCCCCCGCAAGGACAGGGACAGGAUGGAUGGAGGCUGGGAGCGCGAAGAGCCAGGGAGAAGUGGAGGCAGGGGAAAGAGGGGCAAGAGCAGGAAGAAGCUUCCAGAAGAGUGGGGAGUCACAGCUGAGCCCUUCAUGCCCUCUUCUGCCUCCUCUGCCAAUGACCUUCCUGAAGGGGUGUUAGACCAACUAGUGCCCCCCAUCACCCAUUCCCAGCCCCUGGAGAACCCCUACUCCAACAUUGGGCUGAGUCCUGCCAGUGAGGAGUUCUACGGGGGCCUCUUCCCUCCAUCUCUCACCCAGGACCUGCUCUCUCUCACAGCUCCCACCUCCCCUCCACCGGCCCUGGGCUGUGAGCUACUGCCUACCGCCCCUGUCUCCAUGCCCACCAGUCAGGGAGACUUCUCGCCCAAGAACACCUUCCCCAUGGCCUCACAUCCAGGAGACCCAUUCACUGCUAGCUACCAAGACCUGCUCAUGGAUACAGAGAACGCUAGCAUGGGCAAUGCCAAAGAGGCUUUCUCCACAACCUUUCCCCUAGAUUCCCCAGUUCAUGAGUCGGGUGUCAAGGUGGUGUUUGAUCAUGACACCCCAAUGCACGAUGUCCAUAUGAAAAAUGCCUUAAGUUUAAGCCUCACCCGCCAACCAGAUCGUGGCCUGCCCCCAUUGGAGAAGUUCAGUGAGCUCACAGCAACCGCUCCCCCUUUCUCCCCCUCCGACAGCUCCUGGCUCAUCAAUGACUCCAACUUCAACAACGACUCCUUUGAGUUCAGUGACAUCACUCCAGGGCGCCCACUACCUCUUGGCCUAGCCUUCGACACACCCAGCCCAGCCCCCCUCCGCUCCCCCAAAACCAUACCCGAAUAUCACCCCAGGGAGGGCAAAUCCCCAUCACAGAAUAUACCCACGAAGUCCCCCUCCUCCUCUUCCACCAAAAGCCCCACCUCCCCGGGGUCUGGUCUGAACCCCGCUGCCAAGCCCUUCUUCCCCAGCUUUGCCGAACUCACGGAGCCCCUGGUGGUGGUGGCCCCCAUGUCUGAAGUCAAAUCAGAGAAGAUGGACAAACCAGAGAAAGAGGAGACGAUGGACCACUUUGAGAAGUUGGACCAAUUUGACAUGUUGGAUAAGCUCGAUAAAGUGGAGAAGAAGGAUUCGACUGGGAAGACUGAGGCGUCAGUGAAGGUGGCGUAUGCAGGACCACUGGACAAAGGAGAGAAGAUGGGUCAAAUGGACAAGGCAGAGAAAACGGAGAAGCUGGAGCCGGCAGAAAAGGUAGACAAAGAAGAAAGACCAGAGAAGGUGGAUAAAAUGGAUAAGGACAACACAGACAAGGUAGAGAAAACUGACAAAGUAGAGAAGAAGGACAAGGUUGAAAAGCCUGAGGAGACAGAACAGAAUAUUGAAAAAAUGGAGAAGACCCCAGAGAAACCGGAGACAGAGGUGAAGUUGGACACAUUUGACAAGAUGGAAACACAGCCUGGCAAGAUGGAAACACAGCCUGGCAAGAUGGAAACACAGCCUGGCAAGAUGGAAACACAGCCUGGCAAGAUGGAAACACAGCCUGGCAAGAUGGAAACACAGCCUGGCAAGAUGGAAACACAGCCUGACAAGAUGGAAACACAGCCUGGCAAGAUGGAAACACAGCCUGACAAGAUGGAAACACAGCCUGACAAGGAGAAGACAGAUCAUGUUGGAAAGGUAACAGUAACAGGUGAGAAAGAAACAGAAAAUGUUGAGAAGCCCAAAGACAACGUUGAGAAGGAGGAUAAGAAGCCAGAGAAAACAGAGCUGGCUCAGAAAUUAAACAAACCGGUUAAGGUGGAGAAAAAAGAGCUGAAAAGUCCUGAGAAAAAGACGGACAAGAAAUCAGAGACCGCUGAUAAGGCCAAAAAACCUGCAAGUAAACCCUCGACCAAUGGGAGCAGUGCCGCACCAAGCAAGGACCUGCCCAGUCCAGACAAGAAGACCAAGCCUGUCGCCGGGGCAACCAAACUGAGCGCCGCUAAGCUGCGGCCGAGCUCGGCAGCAUCCGCUGGUGCUGCCGCCCCCAAACGCCCCACCCCUUCCUCCACUUCCACCACCACCACCUCAGCCACCCUCCUCAACAAAAAAACGCCCGUGCCCAAGGCCCCUACCCCCACUGCUGGCCCCAAGCGGCCUUCGUCCACAGUCAGCCGACCCACAUCCGCAGCCACCGCCUCCACCACUGCGCCACGUGAGGUCAAGCCCAAGACGACCACAGAGAGGCGUCCUCUAGUGCCAAAGGCCACCGCCGCCUCCACGGCUCGAAUUGCUGCCCCCAAAAACGGCACUGCCACCACGGCAACCACGGCAACCAGUAAACCAGCCACGGCGACCCGCACGCCCCUCGCAUCCCGCACUUCCGUCAGCGCACCUGCAACCAGACGCCCUCAGGCAUCAAAGACUGACAGCAAGCCAGGGGAGGACAAGAAGCCAAGCACUCUGAAGUCAACAACAGCAGACUCCACCCGGCCCCGGACCAGCACCACCCGCAGCUCUAUAGCUAGCACCACCAGCGCCACCCCCCGUGUCCGCCCCUCCACCACCAAACCUGCCCCCUCCUCCUCCUCCACAGUAUCAGAGAAGAAGCCGGCUGUGCCCCGCGUCCCCCGCCCCACCCCCACCACCACGGGCAGUGCCAACGCCACGCGUACCACCUCCCGCCCAGGCACAGCCCCCACACCAGACAUUCGCAAUGUGCGCUCCAAGAUCGGCUCCACGGACAACAUGAAGUACCAGCCCGGAGGGGAAGGGCAGGUACAGAUACUCAACAAGAAGGUGGAUCUAAGCAAAGUGACAUCGAAGUGUGGCUCCAAGGCCAACAUCAAACACAAGCCUGGGGGAGGCGAUGUGAAGAUCGAGUCCCAGAAAGUGAACAACAAGGAUCAGGCUAAGUCCAAAGUGGGCUCAAUGGACAACCUCUGUCACGAGCCCGGCGGGGGCAACAUCAAGAUUGAGUCUUUCAAGCUCAACUUCCGCGAGAACGCCCGCUCUCGCACGGACCACGGCGCCGACAUCAUAACCUGGCCAGCCCCGGGAGACAGCCCCUCACACCCACAACGCAGCGUCUCUCUCAACGACUCCCUGACUUCUGCUGGCUACCCCCGCUGCCCCUCCCCCCGCUGGGACAGGGGGGCAACGGCACGCUAGCAGGACUCAGGUCAUGACCCUCAAUCCCACAUCCAAACAACUCACCCAUGUAUCAUUCUCUUACUACGCCUAAACCUGCGCUUACCUACCUACCGCUGUCCUGUGUUCCCAUUGGAUGAGCUGACAUUGUACAUACAGUAGAGCAAGCUUCAAGCAGGUUGGGAUAACAUUGGGAGGGGAACGGAGGCUUGCCAUGUUUAACUGUGAAGUCUAAUUCAUGUUUCCUUACCUCUCCAAGAGCAUAACAUGGCAGUUGCAGCAUACAGUAGCAAAAAUCAGUCUUAUCCAGUAUUACAGUACAUCCUAGUGCCGUUUUAGUGAAAGUAAUCUACCAGGCAUCGCCAGCCCUGGACACACCUGUUUGGUUCAUAUAGACACCCCCAAUGGGAAACCUUCCUAGACUCACCUGUGGGUUAUGUACGCAGACUAAUAUGUGUGUAGAGCCCUUUUACUUGUGAGCAUGUAGUGCUGUGGUGUGUUCCCAAUAACCAUUGAUUCAUUUACUCACUAUUCACCAAACAUCGACUCAUUCACUCACUGCCUCACCUCCCUCCUCUCUCAUAUCCAUGUACCCAGAGUCCAGACCCCUCUUUUUCACUGUCCAAGGGUUAAAUACAUUUUGUUUUUAAAGAGCACUCACAAAAUAUUAGUAAACUAGUAGACUGUACUUGAACAGUAGGCUAUUUAACUCUCUUUAAACGGUGUGUUUGUGAUGGUGUGUUUGAUUGAAUAAUACUGUAACAAUGAGCUGUGGAGUUCUGUUCUGUUUACUUUUACAUUCGUUUAUUUUCCUCAUCAGCUUAGUUUUAAGGUUUGUUUCAUUGUUUUCUUCUCUUUACCAACAGGGCUCAGAAAUCCUCUUGAAUACACACGUAUAUAUUUUUCUCGAAACGCAGGCAUGAAGAUGCGACUCCAUUUAGGGCGUUGAGACUGAGAAAGCAUGUCAGGGGUGUGACGAGGGAGACAGCGAACACUGAGGCGUAGUGACGUAAAGACGUGUCCUCUUCAGUGUGUUAAGACAACAAUGUGAUGUGUCAGAAUAGUGCUGUCUAGGAAAACUCCAGAGGGUAAUAGAAUGUUAAGAUGAAUUAUGUGAAGGAAAGUGUCUUGGAGGUUGGUGGAGCGAUGUGUCUUGUACUGUACGUGCCUCCUGUCCUGCUUACCUGAAACUGGGAUGGGACUCGGGCUGGAAGCUCAAGCUGAUGGACCCUUGUCCCUGGAGUGACACAGACAGACAGAAUGUCAUAGUUGAAAAUGAAACCGCAUGGUGGCACUGUAGUUUGAUUAGGAUUUAGAAUAAUCGUAUUUUGUGACCAGUCCUGCUUGUUGUCCCAUUUCAGCUGUUUUCUGAGGGUUCUGGUAAAGUGUUAUUGACAGUUAUAAGAGGACUUGCUGAAGGACUUGUUGGAACAUUAUUAGAGGUUCUGCUGAAGGACUUGUUUUUGUCAGGCUGUUGGCAGUGGAACAUUCAAUGUGGCUUAUUUUACUUGUAGUAAUGUAUCCAACAAUUGCCUCCAAUUGCCUUUUUAGUGCUGCAUGGCCAGGUAAUAUCAUGCCCAGAGCAGAAAGCCUAUGUGCAUUAUGACUUGCAGUGUUGUGGUUCAGUAUAUUUUGUCCUUGGGGGCAAAUAGUCGGUGUAUCUUCUUUUUUUUUUUUUUACAGUGGGCAGGAAGAAAAUUGGGGGCUGUCAAUUUGAUUCUAAAUUCUAUUGCAGUUUGGUAUAUUAUAUAAUUCAGCUAUAAGUUCGUCAUGUUUUUUAAAUGUGUUGAGCUCAAAAUAAGGACAGUACACCAGGUAACUCUUUUUUAGGAAUGAUCCCCCCCCCCCCUAAUUCGCAUCAAGAUGUAGACCUACUUUAAUAUCCUCUUAAAUCAGAGAUAUGGAAACUAUUAAAAUGACCUUAAAUUCUUGAAUAUAUUAAAGAGGGUGUGUGAUGGUAAUGUGUAUUUCAUGAAAGGUAAAGCUGUUUCUCCACACACUGAUUCACUCCCAUAUUGUUCCUAGGAUAUCCAUGAAAUAGUGUUUAAAGGACAUUGUAAAAAUGUUUUUAAAUUAAUCACAAUCUAUUGAGAUGUGUGGAAUAGGCCUAAUACCCAGAGCCAAAAAAAAGUCCAUUUAAAUGUUUUAAGAAAUUGGUCAAUACAUUUUAUUGUUAUCAACAAGAUGUUAUUUUAAAAUUGGAGAGGUUUGUAGAUUUUGUAGUACAGCAGUGAUUGUUGUAAGAGGAACGGCUGCUGAGGUGGAUCGUAGUAUCUUCUCUGGUGACACGAUCCUCAUCUGAUAAGAGAAAUUUCAAUAUUACCCCUGAUCCUGACUUUACCACACUCACCGGUAUGUUCUCUCUGAGAUUGCACACGGUUGUAUAUAAAUAGAUAUUUUACUGUUUUAUACACUAUCGCCACAGGAAGAAAAAAAACAAUAUGAAAACAACAAUGAUGGUAAUAAGGAUGUUACGCACAGCUUUUAUGUUAAUAUGUCUUUAACAGUUUUAAUGGUAAGGGGUAUCAUUAUUGUUAUUGAGCAAGUCUGCCUUUUUUCCAAGAAAAGGGCUGCUGAAGUGAAAGAAUGUUAUAGAGAUAUAAUGUUCUAUAGAUGCAACACUUUUGUAUUUAUCUUGUGUUCCCAUACCGACAUGGUGGUUGGGUCAGUGGGGAGUGUUUGAGGGGUUAUACGCAUGGGAGGCAUAAUGAGGUCUGGUCCAGUUUGUGGAUUGCUGUCUAUUGAACAGUGUUUAUUUCACAAAUUGUAUGAGUUUUGUUAACUUUCACAUAACCUUUGUCCAUCCCCACAACCCCAGUCUUAAGAAAUGAAAAAUACUCUUAUUUACAGGUACACCUUCAGAUGUGAUUUUGACAUUGUAGGAUACAGUGACCUUCUUGCGUUGAUUUGAAAACAAGAUACAUGCAACAUGGAAGGGAUUGAAACUAAUGUGUAGAAUUGCACUGUAUAACAUGCCAUUGUGGUGCAGGGCUUCCUGUUAAAGCAGGAAGUGGGAUUAGAAGUCAGGUCAUAUAUGUCAUUUAGGAAUAUUGUUGCCGUUGCCCUUGCCCUACACGCACACACACACACACAGAAACACACACACACUGUCCUGGAGUGUCAUGGAGACGUCCGCGCCCUAACACACCCUUAUGUAAGGCUAACAGUAGCUGUCAGGUUUGGCUUGUAUUACUUAGAGCUCUCCAGUAAUGCUACAAUGAGCUCCAUAGAUCUGCUUCUUCCGCUAGCGCACACCCAGUGUGCAAGUGUACUCAUAGAAAACACCUAUUUAAGAGCAUGCAGAAACAAAUGGAAUGUGUUCAGUAGACUUAUGUCAUUCGCAGAAUUUGUCAUUUGCAGAAUUUUUUUUGUUUGUUUUUCAUUCAUUUUGAAUUGACAUUUUUGGUUUGAAAGAAGUGUUUAUUGUGAUUAAUUGUUAAUUAGUGAUGUGAUUAUUAAACAUUAAAAAACAAAAUGUUUAA